AUGUAUUCAGACGCUCCGUCAUCCCCACCUGCUCUUCACUCUUCUCUUCCACCUAUCAGCGCGCCUGAUCCUACUCAGUCCACCAAUGCAGGCACCCCUCGUCGCCCGAUGGCUGAUGCACUUGCGAUGACGGUCGAUGAAGCGGAAGAGGAAACCCACGACAAUGCAGCGGCAAGAAGGCGCAAACGACCAAAACAAGUAAAUGAGGACGUGCCUAUGGUGAAAGAUGCCGUCGGAGAGAGUGUCGCUGAGAGUUUUGAAACCUUCCUGAAGACAUUUACUGAGGAAAUCGAAUUGGCACCCACUCCAGCCUCCGAUGGUGCUGGGUUAGACGCGCAUGAUGGAGAACUCAUCUACAUCGAACAAAUUCAUACUAUGCGAGAGUAUGAACUCACAACACUGUACGUUGACUUCGGUCAUCUCCUUCAAAGGGACGAUGUUCUCGCCGACGCCAUUCAGAAGCAGUACAAUCGUUUCGUUCCCUAUCUUCGUCGUGCCCUCAUCAACUUGAUCGCCCAAUACGAGCCGGAGUACUUGAAGGUUAACCCAACGUCAGCCGCAACAGAUUCUGCCAACCUCCAAACACGAGAAUUCAGUGUCGCGUUUUACCAUCUUCCACUGGUUUCUGGAAUCCGCGACCUGAGGACAGAUAAAAUCGGGACCUUGAUGGGCAUCAGUGGGACCGUGACGCGAACAAGUGAAGUCCGACCCGAGCUUCUCUUUGGCAGCUUCAUAUGCGAAGUUUGCAACGGCAUCAUCCAUGAUAUCGAGCAGCAGUUCAAAUAUACUGAGCCAUCGCUGUGCCCCAACCCAACUUGCGGGAAUCGUACCGCUUGGCAACUCCAGAUCGAUACCUCGAAAUUCACGGACUGGCAGAAAGUGCGCAUCCAAGAAAAUCCGUCCGAGAUACCUACUGGGUCGAUGCCUCGUUCACUCGACGUAGUCCUUCGUUCAGAAAUGGUCGAGCGGGCAAAGGCUGGCGACAAGUGUGUAUUUACAGGGUCAUUUAUUGUUGUCCCAGACGUCAGUCAAUUGAGCUUACCGGGAGGAAACAAAGCGGAGAUGCAGCGCGAAACCAACAAGAAUAUGUCUGGCGCUGGAGGUGUAGGCGGCAGCGGUGUAACUGGCCUAAAGAGCUUGGGCGUGAGGGAUCUUCAAUACAAGACAGCCUUUCUGGCUUGUAUGGUGAACGACACCGAUGGACGGACCGGUACCAACGUCCGAGGGGAGGAGGAUAUUGGCGACGAGAGCGGACAAGCCUUCAUUCAAUCUCUUACCGAACCGGAGUUCGAAGAGCUUAAAACUAUGAUCGACUCCGACCAUAUCUACUCACGCUUGGUGGAAAGUAUCGCCCCAACCGUAUAUGGCCAUGAAAUUGUCAAGAAAGGAAUUCUACUGCAACUCAUGGGCGGAGUCCAUAAACAAACACCGGAAGGCAUGCAUCUUCGAGGAGAUAUUAAUAUAUGUAUCAUCGGCGAUCCUUCAACUUCGAAGUCUCAGUUCUUGAAAUAUGUCUGCUCCUUCCUCCCUCGGGCUGUGUAUACAUCAGGAAAGGCCUCAUCAGCUGCUGGUCUAACUGCCGCAGUUGUUAAAGACGAAGAGACAGGCGAUUUCACCAUCGAGGCAGGUGCACUGAUGCUUGCUGACAAUGGCAUCUGUGCUAUCGACGAAUUCGACAAGAUGGACAUAUCAGAUCAAGUAGCCAUCCAUGAAGCAAUGGAACAGCAGACUAUAUCCAUUGCAAAGGCUGGGAUUCACGCUACUCUGAACGCUCGAACAUCUAUCCUCGCGGCUGCAAAUCCAAUUGGUGGCAGAUACGACCGCAAGAAGACUCUGCGUGCUAAUCUACAGAUGAGCGCACCUAUCAUGAGUCGCUUUGAUCUUUUUUUUGUUGUUUUGGAUGAGUGCGACCCCCAGACCGACCUUAAUAUCGCUAAACAUAUUGUCAAUGUUCAUCGAUUCCAAGACGAGGCAAUCAAUCCUGAAUUUAGCACGGAAACUCUGCAACGAUACAUCCGAUAUGCAAGAACGUUUAAUCCCAAGAUGACUCCCGAGGCUGCCGAUGUCCUUGUUGAAAAGUACAGAAUCCUGAGACAAGAUGAUGCUACUGGCGCGGGGCGAAAUUCCUAUCGCAUUACGGUGCGGCAAUUGGAAAGUAUGAUUCGCCUCAGUGAAGCUAUCGCAAGAGCAAAUUGCACGUCCGAGAUCACCCCGGCAUUUGUUCGUGAGGCAUACAGCUUGUUGCGGCAAUCCAUCAUACAUGUUGAACACGACGCCAUCGACUUCGACGAGGAAGAGCUAGAAGGCGAGCGCAAAGAUGGUGCCCAAGUUGAUGACAGUGAAGACGUCCAGAUGACGGCCGACGCGUUGGAGGCCGCAGAUGAGAGCUCCGUUCCUGUUCGGAUUCAUGUCGCUGGCCGACAGGCUCAGGCCGUAGGCUCCUCUUCGCGAGCGGGCAGCGUUGUUCCUGGCACUGAACCCGCUGCACCCCCACCACCCCUACCAAAGAGGCGGAUGAUCAUCUCUCAUGACAAGUAUAUCGAGUUGCAGAGCAUGAUCGUCCUGUAUCUGUCAGAGCAGGAGACAAAGACCGGCCAAGGGACAGAUCGUGAAGAAUUGAUUGAUUGGUAUCUCGAACAGAGAGAGGCCGACAUCCAAGACAUCGAAGAAUUGGAGUACGAAAAGGAACUAAUCGUCAAGCUUCUGAGAAAGCUUGUGAAGGACAAUUUCUUGAUCGAAGUGAGAGGCGAUGUGCAAGAAUCUUUGGCGUCUAUGGACGAGGAUAAUCAACAAUCUUCUGGGGCAGCGGGCGAGAACGUCCGUGUGUAUUACCUCGUUCAUCCCUCCGUUGAUACAGAGUCUUCGAUGACGUCAGGGUACUGA